AUGGCUCGUCGACCGAAACGGUCGUCGCUCGUGCUAGCGAUAGCGUUGGUUUGGGCCACGUUGGUGCACUAUCGGUGUUUGGCGCAUAGCAGCAGCAGCAGCAGCAGUUCGGCCCAGCAACCGAGAAACAGUGCCGAGGCCGAUCUGGAGGCGGCCGAGAGUAACAACCACCAUCGGGCGCUGCUGAAUCUGCCCAAGUUCGGUGAUCGCUUGUCGCCGCGUGUUGGGCCCGGGCCCGCUCCGGGUGUGUCGGUACCGUCGGUGGCAGUGAGUCCUCCGAAAAGGCAAGCGCGAGGUCAGUUCCUGGGACGUGCCUCUGGUCCAUCGGGUGGCCUGGUGCACUCCCCGAUCCAGUCGAACGACAAUGACAUCAAGCGAAGUGACGUGAUGGUGGUGAGCUCGCGAAGUGCUACCGGCGCACGGGGUGGAGUGUCGCAGGACCUCGCGCACGAGGAAGUGGAAGAGGAAGUGGAGGAGGAGGAAGAAGAAGACGAAGAAGAGCCUGUGAACCUCGAAGAGGACGAGCAGGUUGAGGACGUGCAGGCGAGUGUAGGGCACGCGGAUUCGUCCAAUAGCCGCCAUGCGGGAGGUGUUGGUGUCGGUGUUGGUGCGGGUGACUAUUACGCGGAAGCGGCCGUCCACGAGGGUAGUGUCGUUGGUGAGGGUGUGCGAGGGGAGAGUGUGGUGCAGGCGGAAGACACCAGCGUCAGCAUCAACAAUGCGUCUUCCGCGCAGGCGCAUCGGCUCGAGAUGUCGACCGAGUUCUUCGUAGUGCCAUCGACGGCGGCCUCUGCCGCGUCCCGUUCCACCACCGUCCGUCCGGGCGGCGUCAUCCUGGCGGCGCGGAACCCUCCCUCACCCCCGUUGCUGGUUGCUGGACCCCGCGCUACCGCCACCCCUCCGACGAUCGUGUCGACGGGAGCGGCAGCGGCCGGAGCGGGCUACGCGAGCGGCCUGCGUAAGGAACCGUGGGUCGUGCCGGUGUUGGUACUGGCCUCGCUGUCCAUGCUCAUGAUGGCCGCGUUCGAGGUGUUCGUGCUGUGCAAGGCGUGGCGCACGUCCCCCAGUCGCCGACAUCUCUUCCUCGGCCAGAUGCUGCUGCUGGGACUGUUUGCCUGCUCUGGGCUGGCCGCGGUACUCACCGUCAACCCGACGGUCCUAUCCUGCGCCACUAUGCGCUUCGGAGCCGGGGUUGCGUUCGCGCUGGUCUUCGCCUCACUGCUCGUCAAGUGCGUGUUCCUCAUCAGCCUGAACGGCGGCGUUUACCUUCCGGCGCCCUACCAGGGCCUGCUACUUCUGUUCGCCGUCCUCAUCCAGGUGGCCGUCGGUGGUCAGUGGCUGCUGACAUCGCCUCCCAGCGUCGACAGCGUCUCCGUGGCCGCGGGUCCAGUCGCAGGAGUGGGCCAGGCUCCAGGUUCUGCCAUCUCGAGCCGCUAUCACCUCCUGCUGGCCGCGGGCGACCUCUCGACGGCCCAUCCCAACAGCGCCACCAUCACCACCACCACCACCAUCCCCCUCUGCCACACGCCCUUCUCGGAGCUGCUGCUCUCGCUCAUCUACAUCGUCUUCCUGAUCGUGUUCGUCGCCAUCCUGGCGAUCAAAUCGCGCGGCAUCCGCGACAACUACCGCGAGGCGACGUACAUCGGGCUCGCGAUCGGGGGCAUCAUCCCGAUCUGGCUCGGCUGGACCCUGUGCGGGCUGGCCGUCGCCGACCGGCACCGGGACGCCUGCCUCGCGUUCGGCCUCGUCGCCACCUCGUCCACCGUGUUCCUGGUGAUGUUCAUGCCCAAGGGCCGCCAGCUGGCCGCCAUGGGCAAGGAGGGUCUGUACGUGGAGGAUCGGGAGGAGCGCUUCAGCUCGCUCAGCCGGGCCGGCUCCGGCUACUCGCCCUCCUUCUUCCACUUCAAGCCCAUCAAGUACGGCGUCAUGGGACCGUCGCCCACGCUCCAGACCGCCAGCGGCCAGAUGGUCGGGACGGCCACCACCACCACCAAGCACCAGGCCGUCGCAACGCUUGGCGGAGAUCGCGUUGCACUGGUUACGGCACCACCGAGCUAUACGCCACGCAUGUAUCAUUACUUUCCAGCACACAUGACACACCCCUUCUGUUACUACCCCUCUCUGGCACCGCAGCAGGCCCGAUACCCAGGGCUGUUUAUGCGACCGGAUGAGACAAACCUCUACACGACGCUCGAGCAAACGAUGAGCAGCAAUCCGAACGUGUACUUCCAGCGUGGUGGCGGUGUACAUCCCGGCAUGAUGUACUGA